ACCCCAGAGCGGCGGGGCCUCCCGCCCGACCCCGUUCGCUCUCCGCCGCCCACAGCCACGACAGCACCGCUCACGGCUGCUCGUCAUCGUCAUCAUCAUUAUUAUUAUUAUUAUUAAUUUAUUUCUGAUUAUUUCCUUCAUUCGGGACCGUCUGAGGCUCUCAAAGGAGACUGGGCAGUGAUGGCUGUGUUCCGUACAGGCAUUCUUGUUUUAACCUCUCCACUUCCACUUGUGGCCUUACGCGUGGCUCCAGUGUUGGCAUCGGCAGCUCAAAUCGUAAAGGAGGUUUUGUACGUUCAUUUCCAUCCAGGAUUGAGACUUAGUGAUAGCUGCCCACUACCCAAACCACUAAAUAUCCCAGCAAGCUAUGAGGUAUCGCAGCUGAUAACAAACCUCUACACAAUAGGUUCUGAUGUGUGGGAUCACCUGGACAUCAGAAUACUUUUGUCCAAUAUUAAAAGCAGCAGUUCAAUUCAACAGUCGAUUUCCUCAGUGCAGAAUUUGUCUCAACCCCCUGAAGUAGUGCUAACGGACUACAAGAUGAGUGAUAUAAACCAAUCCCAUCAAAUACAGAAGAGGUUAGCAGAAUAUGCGUGUGGCUGUUUUACAUGUAGACCAAAUUUGACGGCCAUGUUUUUGCCACCUAAGGCAGACUGUACAGGAAAACAAGAGAUUGCUGACACUAUUUUAUCCAAACAAAUGCCUGGUUACAGUGAUGUAGUGGUGGGUGGAACCUUUGACAAGCUUCAUGCAGCCCACAGAAUUCUCCUCAGCGCCUCGUGUUUACUGGCAGAGCAACGGUUGCUGAUUGGUGUGGCAGAUGGAGAACUGCUGAAUAAUAAGGUGCUGAAAGAGUUGAUUGACCCUUACCAAUGGCGUAUAGAAAGGCUGAGAGAGUUCCUGCUGGAUGUGAAGCCUCUCUUACAGUAUGAUCUUGUGUCUCUGGAAAACCCGUACGGGCCAUCAGUUAAUGAUGCAAAGCUAGACUGCAUUGUGGUCAGUGAGGAGACUCGAAGCGGUGGAGAGGCAGUGAACCGGAAAAGAUUGGAAAAUGGCCUUCAGGAGCUAAUAAUACAUGAGAUCCGUUUAGUUAAAGAUACUCAACACACGGUCAAUGAAGAAGAAAAGAUCAGUUCAUCCACUCUAAGGAAGCGAUUGUUGGGAUCCCUAUUGGUACCACCAAAAAGUAAUCCCAGGAUUGCAUCGACUCCAUAUUUGAUUGGGCUGACUGGAAGCACAGGAAGUGGAAAGUCAUCGGUCUUAAAGAUUCUACACAAACUUGGAGCCCACUGUAUUGACGCUGAUAAACUGGGACAUGAGACCUAUCAGCCUGGCACACUUUCUUACCACAGGAUCAUUCAGGAGUUUGGCCAAGACAUUGUACAGACAGAUGGCACAAUUAACCGAAGUGUUUUGGGAAAGAAAGUAUUCAGAGAUGAGGAGAAGCUCAAACGUCUAUCAGCCAUCGUAUGGCCAGAAAUAGCCAAACUUAUGGAGCAGAAGAUAGCAGAAGCUGUUGCUGAGGGAGCCACUGUGUGUGUGGUGGACGCUGCAGUUCUGAUGGAAGCCGGCUGGGCAGAUAUGUUUCACGAAAUCUGGGUAACCUUUGUUCCAGAGGAAGAGGCAUUGCAGAGAAUCAUGAGGAGAGACAAUUUGAGUGAAGAAGAUGCCAAGCAGCGACUUGAAAGCCAGUGGACAAAUACUCAGCGGAUCCAUCACGCCAAUGUAGUGCUUUGCACACUGUGGGAGCCUGAAGUCACUGAAAAACAGGUGCGGAAGGCUUGGCAACUCCUCGCAAAGCGUCGGCCUACAUGACGUCUCGCGGGGAAGAACCUUUUGACGCGUUGUCGAUAAACUCUUCGUUGAACAAGUGUUAGAUUUUUCUCACGUACAAAAUGCUGAUGGUUGCAGCUGAAUGCAGCAACAUUUGGUUCCUUGUUGCGUGUGUACGUCAGGAUCAGACUGAUGAUGAUGAUAACAAUAGCACACUGUAGGUGGUUCGACCCUCCACGUGAAUCCGAAGCACUUUAUGAUCCAGAUCAAUCUGUCUCCGAAUUCCUGUUGGAUCAAGACAUUCACUGGGAUUGUACAAUAGUCAAAACUCGCUUGUGCUAAAAUUUGGGUUGGUUGAUUUUUGCUGAAGUGCUCUCUGAUCAAUGUUGGAUUGGGAUUUUAUUCAUCUAUUUUAAAUUUGAAAAGUCCUGAAAGAUCAGUUGUCCAAACGCCGAGGAUCCAUCGUUUGCUCUUUUUUUUAUUUUUUUUAAAAAAGCGAACGAUAUUUUGUGGUUUUCAAUACAAAUUAAACCUUCCUUUAAAAAGUC